UACAGAGUUACCAACUGCAAAAAUAGCUACCGGUGAAGUCACUCCAGAGGCAUCAAGUAUUCCAAUAAUGAAUCGUCUGCUGGUAGUACUGGCUGUUCUCUGCUGCAUCUCUGGCUAUCUCUAUAGCCAGCAAGCCAGAGCAGCAGUGGUGGCUUCAGCAGCAGGGAGUAGACCAGAUAUGUCUGUCAGGGACAAGAGGCACGCCAGUGGCGACCAUCACCAGGACCCCAGGUGGAGACUGAUAUCUGCAAUGCUUGUCCUCAAAGAAUACUCUGCUGUCAUGACCAAUCGCUAUGAUGAGAAUGAAAGGCCUGCACUGCUCCACAUCAACUCUGAGAGUGUGCUACUGAAGAACAUACUGAGGAGGGUGUGCAACCUAGUGGCCUUUGACCAGCUCGCCAUCAACAUCAACGACACCACCGACAGUAGAGAUUUCUACCCUCUUCUGUCAGAGAUUAUCACCGAUGCCUGCGAAUGGUUGCAGUACAUGGUUCGCCAAGGAGUCGCCAUCACACCCGGUGAAAACUCAGACUUUUACAACAACUGCUCUGCCACCGGCGAAAUGACCCUCCUCCAUCACUUCUGCUACCGCAUGAACAUAGCCAACCUCAUCGGCCUAGUAAACGUUGGAGACUUUGCUCUCCCCUCUUACAUCACAGAGUAUUACAGUGGUGAGUACCCACCGGUGGCCGGGGCGAACUUCACCAGGUGGCUGGACACCUCUGCCCUGCCUCUCAGCAUCAGGAACUCCAUCCAUGAGAACACUGUCAUUGCUCUCCUCCAGUACAUCAUCAGGACAAAGCUCUGACAUUCCACAGUAUAAUAAUGUACAUGCCCUAGACGACGACAGUACAAUGGAUAAGACUAUGUAUUUUUAGCUCUUAUAACACUAGCCCCUUUCAUUUAU